AUGGAUUGGACUCAAAGCGUCCUGACUGCCGAUCCUAAGAUUGUUACAGAGCAAAACUCUAAACUUCUACAAAUAGAAGAAAGGAUGCAAACUAAACUCACAAAUCUGGAAAACAGAGUGAAAAAUAUAACCAAAGAAAUGUCCACAAAGUCGUGUCCAUCAAAUUGGAUACCGUUUGGGUCUUCUUGUUACAAUAUCAGAGCACAGGAGAAGUCGUGGUACCAUGCAGCUAUGGAGUGUCUACAGUAUGGUGCAAAACUAGUCGAGAUAGAAACAAAGCAAGAAAACGAUUUUCUGAAACAAAGAAUUAGAAUAUAUGAUGAAGAUCUUCUGAAACAAAACAUCACCACAUAUAGUGAAUAUAAAAAAUUUUGGAUCGGUGGAACAGAUAAAAUCAUAGAGGGAAGAUUUGUCUGGGCCUCUACCGGAAAUUUGCUUUCUUUCACGGACUGGGACGCAAUAUUAAUGGAACCAAAUGACAGAGGAGGCAAUGAAGACUGCAUAGAAAUCUCCAGUUUUCCAACAAGAAGAGGAAUAUGGAAUGACGCUAACUGUGCCGCUGAGUUUUAUUUCAUAUGUGAAAGAUCUCUUUAA